AGCCUGCCAGCCUUACCAGAUCCUCUCUAGAGACCUACCCCUUGAUCCUCAAAGUCUUCACCUCAUCGUUGAACAAGCUUGGAAGAUCUUUGGACGUAUGCAAGUGGCGGAGUACACUAGGUGCUUUUAAACACACAGACUGGAGUCACCACAAGCCUCAUUCUACCUACAAACGAUAUACAGCACGAAAACGAAUACCUCUACCUCCUUGAACGCCAAGGCUUCUUACCUUAUUUAGGACAUAUCUUGAAGAAGGUUUCGAACAAGAUGUCUACCGAUCUCUGCGUUCCCGCAUACCUCGGGGCAGGACCAGGUACCUGGCGAGAAGAAGGACAGUCACAGUCACAUAUUCCACGUCGUCCUUCCACCGUAUUAUCGGCGUUCCCGCCAGGCACGAGUGCAACAAGAUUGGCGGCUUCUUCGACUGCUUCCCUGGAUCAUCACGAAUACUUAAAGAGUGGCCCAGGAGUUCUCCUUCAGAGUGUUUGGGGUGUUGUCGCCGAAAAGGAACAACGGUUUGGUGUUCAACCGCGUGUUACUAGGUCGGCAUACUCGAGACGACGGUCACUAUCCGGAGCAGUCAAGAGGGGAAGGAAAGAAAAGGGUUUGACUAAGAAGCUGGUGAAGGGUUUGGAGGGCCAUGACUCUCAGACCGCGGUAGAAAUACUUGGAAAAGAACAUACACAGCCCAAUCAACCUCAGCCCAUCGAGGCUGAAGAAGAAUAUGUCUGUGCGAUAGACGCACGACUAAGUGCUGCUACGGGUUCCGGCAACAGUGAACAGAGCAACCAGGUCAAAGACUCAACAGCGAGCAAAAAACCGCCCACUUCACCAACUUCUUCACCACCGGCUGAUCCUCAUCCACCCCCCAAACACAACAUGUCCUCACGCUCGUCACGACACUCUUCAUUCACUUCAUCCUCUUCCUCCCACUCCCACUCCCACUCCCAUACCCAUACCCAAACCCGCUCCUCCACAUCUAGCAAGUCCUUCUCACCUUCCUCUCCCAAGCCCGCCUCACCCUCACCCUCACCCUCACCCUCCUCCCCACAACAAAAAUUCUCGCAUACAGGGAAAGAAGACAAAGAACAAGAAGACAAAACCGCCGACAAAGACGACUGGCACCAAAUCCACGAACCGGAACAACGUCGCCGAAUCCAAAACCGCAUCGCCCAGCGCAAGUUCCGCGAAAAAGCUCGCUUGCUGAAAGACCAAGCUGCCCGCGACGCGCAGAAUAGGAGGUACGCUGGGUGUGCUUAUACGUGUCCGGAGGUUGGGGAUUUACCUGUUGAGACUUAUGAGGUUGAGGAUGAGAAUGGGAGUGGGGGUGGGAGUGGGAGUGGGGGGUACUAUUUUGAUGGGGAGGGUUUUGAGGGGGUUGUUGAAGAGAAGGGAGAGGGAACAGCGCAUGGCGGGGAGAUGAGGGAUGGGGUGGGAGGCGAGAGGGUACUAUCGGGUUUACCGUGGGGUGGUUUGAGUAUGAGAUACAUGGUGGGGAGGGGACACGAGUACUAUCGGUAUCAGAGCACCUCAAGGGGAUCAGGAUCAGGGUCUGGGACGGGAACGGUUACGUCGCUGUCGCCUACGAAUACGGCUUUGAAUACACCUACGCCUACGCCUACGCAUAUGUCUACGACGACCAGCGGCGAUACAUGGCCGACUUUACAACAGCGACAGCAAGCGGCUACGUAUUACCGACACACGACGAGUGGAGACAGCGGAGCAUCGCCUUUGUCACCGUAUGGCAUGAUGAUGCCCAUGGGCAUGGAUUUGAUGAGUGGUGGUGAUAUGGAUAUGGAUAUGGAUGUGGAUUAUUCUAUGGCGGGGACUGGAGCUGGAGGGGAGUAUGUGACUUCUCCUAUGGCGGUUACUCCGGGAAGUGGAAGUGGAAGUGGUGGUCACGGGGGUGCCAGUGUCCUUGGAAAUGGUACUGGUACUGGUAUGGAUGUGACGUAUUAUGAUUCAUCGCCGUAUUAUUACGACUAUGGAAGAGGUGGUGACGCGGCGAGCGGCAGUGGAAGCAGUGUCUAUGGAAGAGGAGGUGGAAGAGGAGGCCGGAUGUGAAGGAGUGCUGGGCAAGGACAAGGCUGUAAGAAUUCUCCUCUCUUUGAUGUUUGUUCUUGAUGAUGGUUGGUCAGGAUACGGGGUUUCUGUCAUGACUUCGAUUUCACUUCCUUUUCUUGUAUACCCAUUAGCGAUUUUCAUUAUCCCCAACUCACGAUAGACAAUGAAGAUCUGUAGAGUUCACGGGUUCCCCACGACGGUUUCUGUUCUGCCUGCCUGAAGCCCGCUCAAAUUUCAUCGUAGUCCCAGAUGCGAGUCACCUCCUCGGUGGACCAUCGUGUCUUCGUGCAUCAAAUUCUUCGUAUCUCUCCUCUUCG